AUGAAGGCAAUUAUCGCAAUACCGGCGACUCUCGCCCUUAUCCUUCGAGCCUGGAGCAAGAAUUCUCUUACGCCCGCUGGCCUUUUCGCCGCGACGCUCACGGCGAUUGCCCAUGCGUAUCAUCCGUGGAAUCUGCCCUUUGCGCUGCUGUGCGUGUUCUUCCUGGCAGGAACACGGGUGACACAUAUCAAAGAAAAUGUCAAAGCUACGUUGACUUUGCACUCCAAGGGCAGCUCGGGCGGAGAAGGCCCAAGAACACACGUCCAAGUGUUUGCAAAUUCGUUAAUGGCGUCGAUACUUGCGGUCGCCCACGGAUAUCAACUUCGAGCCAGAGCUGCGGCAUACGCCGACCCGAAUACCCCCAAACCCAAAGGCAGCAUGUGCUAUUCAUGGGGCGGCGACCUCUUGGUUGUGGGCAUCAUUGCCAACUACGCGGCUGUGGCCGCUGAUACAUUCAGCUCAGAGCUGGGCAUCCUGUCCAAGAGCCAGCCGAGAUUGAUAACAUCUCUGACGCUACGAAAGGUACCCCGGGGAACAAACGGAGGUGUCACGCUACUUGGACUGGCGGCCGGCCUCUUUGGGUCCAUGGUCAUAGUGGCCGCUUCAAUGGUAUUCCUACCUGCAUGUAUUCCUGAAACGGCACCAACCCUCGGCGGCGGCGCGCCUUGGACCCUAGCCCAGAGACGGGUGUUUAUGGGUGGCCUCGUAAUCUGGGGUGCAUUAGGGAGUGUCCUCGACAGCUUCCUCGGAGGCAUGUUCCAACGAUCAGUCAGGGAUGUGCGAUCUGGCAAGAUUGUCGAGGGUGAGGGUGGUAACCGCGUGCUGGUGUCUGCAACUAGCCGUGCUGCACCAGAAGCUGCUGUGGACGGUGGAGAUGGAGGCAAGGCUGGAGCAGAUAAGCAAGAUGGCUCGGCCAUUGACGACCAAGAUGAGGACGAUGCCAAGUACAACCUCAGGAAUAAGCACCGAAAGCCCAGCUUCGGGGACCAGCGGCCGUCAAGGGUCAUUGAGAGCGGAUGGGAUCUCUUGGAUAACAACGACGUCAACUUUCUCAUGGCAGCCAUCAUGAGCGUGGGUGCUAUGGGCGUGGCUAGCUGGUACUGGGGGGUACCUGCCGAGUCGAUUUUGAGUCCUUGA